AUGAGUAACUGCAGCACUCCCAGUCGUUACACCAGUAGUUGCUCAACUAUUCAAGCACAACUUGAUGCUCUCACUCAGAUGACGGGUCUUGAAGGAGUAAAAGAUGAUGUUCGUUGCAGGAUCUUUCCUGCCACCCUUGCGUACUCUGCACAACAAUGGUUCUUUAAACUAGAGCCUGGAGCCAUUAAUUCCUGGAAUGCAUUGGUGAGACUCUUAUACUCACAAUUAUUUGCUGCUCGUAUUCUGCCAGCCGAGCUCAAUGACCUCGAUGACAUUAAAAAGGGAACCAACAAGGCCCUCGAGAAUUAUGUGCAGCAUUUUAUGCAAGAGCCUGCUAGAUCAAAAAUAGUUAACGAUGAUGGAAAGUCAAUGGCCAUCAUGGCUAGAAUCCAAGUUAAAGGUCCUCUAUGCACUGACCUUAGAAGAAAAAUCGUCUACUCAACAAGAGAGUUUCGAGAUCGAGCAGAAGAGUUUAUAAAAUUGGAAUAA